AUGGCUGCCCGAUUCGCGCUCGUAGCGAUCGCUAAUGCCGCCAUUGCGAGCGCGCAGUUCUUGGAUGAUGACUACACUACCACUCGUUAUACUUCAGCAUACUGGACCUACACCUACGCUCAAGCGGAGGUUGCCACACAAAGCCUGUACACAUAUUAUGACGACACCGUCGCUACCGAGACUUACACUGAGUACCGCACUAUCAAGGAUGGAGUCACUCCUACGAUCGCACCGUACUCGACGUCCACAGCCCUCGGCUACUACGACGAUCUUGAGGUCGUAUACGCGUAUUACACAACUAGUGCGGUGGCCGAAUCUGAUCUUGUGCCUGAAUCUCGUGUGAUUACAUGGAUCAUCAUCAUUGCAUGCAUAAUCCCCGGGCUCUUCCUACUUGGAUUUCUCGAGUCUUGGUUCUGGUUCCGUCGCCUCAUGCUCGGUAAGAGUGCCAUGCGUUUUGAUCGCCGAAGUGCUGAAGAUCAGAAGAUGUUGGCUGAGAGAUGGAAGAACAUGGGUAGCGGAGCGGCUUUUAAGGCUUGGUGGAAGUGGGGAUUCCGUCAUAGGUACCCUGAGGAGUUGCUGGGUCAGUUCAGCAAGACCACCGUCGGCUUCGUACCGCCCGGCCAGCCGUUGUAUCCAGCCAUGGCACAAACACCCGGUGCUUCCCAGCCUAUGGUCCCUGGUCAAGUUUACUACUACGGCCCCCCGCCUCCGGGCUGGGUCGUGUCACCGAACGGAGGAUUCGUUCCACCUCAAGGCUACACGUACCCACCUCCUCAGCAAGCUGGCUACUACGGCGAUAUGACCAAGGCUGGACCGGUGGUGUCUCAAUCUUCCGUUUCGGCAGUGGGCUACCCACAACCGCAGCAGCAGAUGGGCAAUGUCUCUCCUAUGGCACCUCAGGUCCCCCAGGCUGCGCAUACUGCUCCUCAGAACGGCUCUCAUACCCCUACGCCAUAUGGCGCCCCACCGAACGUGGGUACAAUGCCAGAACAAGCACCGCCUCGAAGCCCUUCACCCGAGGGCCCGUCACCCCCACUUCCACCUCGUCCUGUGGCUAAGGGAGCUCCGCAGAUACCACCUGUGAAUGUGGGCGAUGCAACAACGACAGACGAUGCAGCAAAACAAGAGCCCGCCGCACCGGCUACUGCUCCUCCCCCGCCGAAGAACGACCCCAACGACCGGAGCUUGUAUGAGUAG